AUUAAAUAGAUGUCAGAUGACAAGUGCCAAUAAUCAAUCGAGACAGCAGCAAAAAUUCAAAGUCGUUCUCCUUGGAGAAGGAUGUGUUGGAAAAUCAUCUUUAGUUUUGCGAUAUAGUAGUAAUAAAUUUAAUGAAAAUCAUGAAUCCACAGUUCAAAGUUCUUUCUGCAGCAAAAGACUCAAUAUUAAUAACCAGCGAGUUUUGCUAGAGAUUUGGGACACGGCUGGGCAAGAGAGAUAUCAUGCUUUAGCGCCUAUGUAUUAUCGGGAAAGUCAUGGUGCUGUUUUGGUCUACGAUGUGACUGACAUGGAUUCUUUUGAUAGGGUUCAAUUGUGGGUUAAAGAGCUGAGAAAAGUGCUGGGAAAAGAUGUGGUUCUGGUUAUUGCAGGCAAUAAGAUUGACCUGGAGAAGGAGAAAUGUGUGAGCGAGGAUUCUGCUCUGGAGUAUGCGGAGACAGUGUCAGCAGCGCACCACUACACCUCUGCUAAACUUAACAAGGGAAUCGACCAGAUGUUUCUCGACCUCACGAAAUCGAUGUUAGAUGCGUCGCAAGCCAAUUCGGGAUCUACGAAACCGAACAGAGGUAUCAACAUCACCUCGGCAAACGAAGCUCAAGACGACAACCAGAAGCGCGGUUGUUGUGGCAGAUGAACAAAAAAACUUUCAUUUUAGACUACGCGAUACAAUUUUUUAGGCUAUGCGAUACAAUAGUUGGCUCAUUUUUUAUACAAAAAAGGUUGACUCAGGGAAAACAAAACCUCAAGUUUGGUCUAAAAUAAUGGAAGACCCGCAAUUUGAUGUGUAGAAUUCAGCUGAAUGACCAACUAUUGAUAGCUGACUUAAUUAUGUCUUUUCUGAGCUGUACGAGAAUAUUAUAAUUGUAGUCAGCUCCCCCAUGUUUCUGUAUCUAUGAGUGUUUUUGAGCUUGAUCUAUUAUUUG